AAGGCAGUAUAGGUCCCUUGGAUGCGGCUCGCCGGACAUAACCUCGUAUAGUAUUGCAUUGGUCACCUCACGCCUUCCAAAAGGAAAAGGUAUUGGCUUCGGUAAAAACUGGUGCCAGUACUCGAUAACACGAUUCUUAAAUUGAUUAUACCGCUCAUAUGUUGAGAGGGCAAAGGGAUAUCAAUCACUUAUAUACGAGACGCCUACUCACGAAGUCCAACAUAUCUACUUUGAUUUUCUCGUUACCUGGACACCAAGAAGAAAGCGAAACAGUCAAGGAGCUGACAGACUUUUCCGGGGUAGCAGAUCCGUUUAGGGCAGCAUUGCUCAAGCGAAAACUUUACCACUGACAUGGAUCAGAAGCCUAUUUUCAAUAUGCUUUUCACCUCGUUCCGAUCCCGGGUGUCAAACUUCACAUCCCUGCGCCUCUCUAGUAUGGACUUGUCCCAUCGUUGUACAGGAAGGGACGAUUCGAAGGAGCUGGUGAUGGCGAAUCAUGAGGUGGAUGCCAUGAGGGUAGCGCGAACUGAGGUGCCAACCUCAAUACAACGUAAGGAGCGAGCACUGGAAGCUUCCGGCAUUCAAUGGAGGUAUGCCGAGCAAGGCAUGAAUUUACAACGCGUCGCGUAUAUGGAUAAAGCGGACCCAGCCUUUUCGCGCAAAUCUUACAUUGAUGGCAUCGCAUAUAUCUUAAUGGCGCUCCCAGAGGACCUCAGCGAUCGAGAAGUCGCUUCCAUUCGGGAAGCUCUCCCACCGUCAAUGUCGGACAUGGACCUCAUCAGUGAAGCGGACGGCAGAGCGAUUGGCUGGACAUCCGCUCCAGGAAGCCGAACCGUUCUGCAACGGUGCGUGGCUAUCAUGGUAGCCCUAUCCGUGGUGGUGAUACAUACAAUAUUGUCAUAUGCGAGUAUUGUGAUCAGCGUGGGCGCAUACUACGAGCGCAAGCAUAACAUCUCUGAGCAGAUUGUUAGCAAGGGGUUUGUCAUUGCCUCGGCUGUCGGGAGGCAUAGUGUUUUUCUCAGUGCUAAGAUUUGCGCCAUGAAGGACGGGCCAAUUGGGAAGGCCGUUAGCAACAUGGCGACCCGGACCGUCGAGAGCGUCGCAUCUGGUAUCCAGGAGGGUAUUGGACAAGGGCUUAUGAUGAGUGACACAAGGCCAAGGCGGCGGUAACCUACGCUAAAAAGGACCUUCAUAUC